GGAGCGUGCAGUUGAUUGUCAAUGCUUCAGCAGUGGUUCUGUCUGUCUGUGUGGGUACAGCCGGGCUUUAAACAACUUUUUUUUUCAUUAGCAGCAAAAGCUGUUUUCGACUUUUGCUAUAAUGUGUCGAGUGGCAGCAGCUCCUGCCGCCCGUAAAACAGCCCGUAAGCACACAAAUUAACCCAGCUGUUACGUCGAUUUUUCACCGGCCACCUCAGGAUGCUGGCAGCCACCUGGGUGGGGCUGACGCGGAUCCCAGAGACCAGGAGCAGAUCUCAGGGAUAAGCCAAACCGAGCCGGAUCACUACUCCUCCUCUACUUCUUCUUCUUCCUCUUCCCCCCCUUUUCUUUUCUUUGAAAGCAAAGUGGGAGGCUUUCAAAAGGGUGAAGGCAGUCACCCAACCAGCCAUGACCAAGUCCGAGUCGAAGAGAAGCGGCGUGUCCGCCGGCAAGUGCGCCAGCGCCGCAUCCGCCGCCGAGCAGGUCAACAACGGCUCGUUUGAUGUGGGCUUCCCGGAGCCGAGCCCCGCAGCCAAAGCCAAGGUGCUGAAGCAGACGUCCAAGGAGAGCCUCUACCGGAGAAACGCGGAGUGCGAGGUGUACGACGACGGGACCAACACCUUUUUCUGGCGAGCCCACACCCUGACGGUGCUGUUCAUUCUGACCUGCGCCCUGGUCUACGUCACGCUGCUGGAAGAGACGCCUCAGGACACGGCCUACAACGCUAAAAGAGGCAUUGUGGCCAGCAUCCUGGUGUUCCUCUGUUUUGGGGUAACGCAGGCCAAAGAUGGACCCUUCACCCGACCCCAUCCAGCUUACUGGCGGUUCUGGCUCUGCGUUAGUGUCGUCUAUGAACUCUUCCUCAUCUUCAUCCUCUUCCAGACGGUGCACGAUGGGCGACAGUUCAUGAAGUACAUCGACCCUAAACUAGGGGUCGCUCUGCCGGAGCGCGACUAUGGAGGAAACUGCCUCAUCUACGACCCGGGCAACGCCACGGAUCCUUUUCACAACCUCUGGGACAAGAUGGAUGGCUUCGUUCCAGCUCACUUCCUGGGAUGGUACAUAAAGACGCUGAUGAUUCGGGAUUGGUGGAUGUGUAUGAUCAUCAGUGUGAUGUUUGAGUUCCUGGAAUACAGCCUGGAGCACCAGCUACCAAACUUCUCAGAGUGCUGGUGGGACCAUUGGAUCAUGGAUGUGUUGGUGUGCAACGGUUUGGGGAUCUACUGCGGCAUGAAGACGCUGGCCUGGCUGUCCAUGAAGCCGUACCAGUGGCAGGGCCUCUGGAACAUUCCUACGUACAAGGGGAAGAUAAAGCGCAUAGCAUUCCAGUUCACACCGUACAGCUGGGCCAAGUUCGAGUGGAGGCCGGCUUCGGACCUUCGGCGCUGGCUCGCUGUGUUGGGGAUUAUCUUCAUGUUCCUGCUGGCGGAGCUGAACACCUUCUACCUGAAGUUCGUGCUGUGGAUGCCUCCCGAACACUACCUGGUGCUGCUGCGCCUCGUCUUCUUCGUCAAUGUGGGCGGCGUGGCCAUGAGGGAGAUCUACGACUUCAUGGACGACCCAAAGUUCCACAAAAAGCUGGGCCAGCAGGCGUGGCUGGCGUCGGCCAUAACGGUGACGGAGUUCCUCAUCGUGGUCAAGUACGACCCCCACACCCUCAUGCUGCCCAUCCCCUUCUCCGUCAUGCAGUGCUGGUUCUUGGGCAUCUUCCUCAUCCUCAUCUGGACUCUGUGGAGGUUCUUCAUCCGUGACAUCACGCUCCGUUACAAAGAGACGCGCCGGCGCAAACAGGAAACACCCGUGGACUGGGACCGCCAGCUGGGGAACGGCAGCCCGGGGGCAGCGGGAGCGGCGGGGGCAGCGGCAGCGGUGGGAGUGGCGGGGGCAGCGGCAGCGGCGGGGGCAGCGGCAGCAGCGGGGGCGGCGUCGGGCCGCAGCAAACUGAACGGCAGCUCCGACACGCUGCGACAGAGGAAGUCCUGAGAGGAAACGGAGGGGGAAGUUUGUGGAAAGACUCACAGAGAGGCAACCAGGUGGACUUACUCUUGUGCCUACAGUAACAACUCAAAGAGGGAGGGGGCGCCAUGGAAACAGAUGGUUUAGUUGCUGGAAGGUGUAGUUAGUUACAUACAAGAAGUUACCUCAUUCUGCUUCUCUUUUCUUUUCUACACAUUCGUGGAGCUACACUCUAGAACAGUCUUUGUUCCCGUCUUGAAUGUUCAGGGCUGACAGACAACUGAAUGCACUCUUUGAAUCCGGUCAGUUUCCAUUUUUACUGCAAACGAAACGCUGCGAGCGUUGGCAACAUUCCCCCCCUUCUGUAAAUAUUCCCGUUUUCCGUCGCGAACGUGAGAGACGUUGCCAACUUCCUGUUGGCCACUGCUUAUGCAAUCGGAGAGUCUGGGAUUUAUUUAUCCAUUUAACAAUCACAAAAUGGAAUUUGUUCUGCAAGUCCGAGUCAUUUUUGACAGUUUAAAGCUGGUCCCAAGUACACAAGACAAUGUUUAUAUGCUGUUUAGGUAGGGUUUUUUAUUAUUAUAGUUAUUAAUAAGAUUUUAGGUUGGUUUCCAGGAUCCAUGAGACAUUCAAAUGGUUUUACAAAGUAAGAACCUCCUGAAAAUGUUUACUUUGGGUUAAAGAAAAAUCUUCAUGUAUUCUAAUUAUUUACCUGGUGAUGUAAUCGUUUGGGGAGGAGGGAUGUACGGUUGGGUGGUUGAUUUUUAAGCUCUGGUUUGGGCUGGAGUUUCAUUAUGAUUGUUGAAAAUCAGGUUGUCGGUGCGGGGGGGAAAAAAGAGAGAAAAAAAUCAGGUUUUCAAAAAUAACCGUCUUUUUGUUACAAGAUUAACUAAAUCUUUAAAAUUUUGCAUACGAAACUUGAUGUAAGCUUAUUUUUCUCUGCCUAAAUAAGGUUUAUUUGCCAGUAAGAGAACUCUUCGCCUUCUUAAGAGUCUCCGUUCGGAGUAAAGUGAAAAUAUUUCAGGAUUAGAACCGAAAACCAAAGCUAGGAAUCUAGAGCUGGGAUUAUUUAAGACGUGUUUGUUCCAAACCUGUAGACUCUGGGUUCAUUUAGAAAAAACGUUUUGUUUUGUUUUUUUCAUUUGUGAUCGCUCUGAAAAAAAGCUAAAAGGAAAGAAACUGUUACCAAAACUUAGUGUUUUUUUUAUUUUUUAUAUGUGCUCCUUUGUUACAAACAUGCUGACUAAAGUAGACGGCGCCUGUGAGUCACGGCUUCUGUCCUUCCUGCUGUGGGAUCCAGCGUGUCGAGACACUUGUGUACGUAAUCGAUUCAAGGCAGGAGAAUUUAGAAAACGGACUUUAUUUUUGCCAAACACUAGACAGAAACAUGCCGAUUCUUAUCUUUAAUGAAAACACUGAUUUCUGUGCACAGUUGAAUUAUUUCUCGACAUAUAUUCUGUUUAUCUGAUGCAUUACACUUCAUUUUUUCAUCCCAUCCUUGGAAGGUUUUAAGGCUUCUCAGUUUCUCCCCCCGCCCCUUAGAUUGUUUUUGGUCAUUUAAUUGAUUUAAAUAUUUUACCAUAUUAAAUAAAAGUCUCCAAAUUACACUUGAAAAGUGAAAAUAAGACGAAAUCAGAACAGGAAAUUGAAUGACCAUUGCCUAAAUAAGAUUGUUUUCCAUGUGGUUGUUUGCGGGUUGGUCAGCACCUCUUUCUGCCACACGGGGGCGCUAGAUAACGUCGUUUGAGCUCCGUGCAGCCAUGUUUCAAUGUACUUUUGAGUAAAUGUGAACAUGUUAGGGAUUAUUAACAGGAUUAUGCUGCUGCUCAAUAUAAUUUUGUAACAUUUUUUUUCUUAAUAAAAUCAAUAAAAUCUUAA